UUAGCGAGUGAUAGGCAAAAGGGGCACAGCACGAGACUUGUAGUACGCGUUGUGAUGUGAUGUGAUGUGAAGUGAGAGACGGCAAUGAUGCUAAACGAUCAGCGACACAAAAACUAAACUAAAUAAAUGUAACAAUUCAAAUCGAAAAACGUACACACAUAAAAAAGAAAACGAAACAAGAAAAAACCAAAAGUAAAAAAGAUAUAAUAAAAGUUGUAAUAGUAAAGUGUAAAGUGAAUAAACCAAACCGAAAAAAAACUGCACAGAGCCGAACCGAGCAGCAAAGCCAAAGCCAAAGCCAAGAAGCAUGUGAAUUGGAGUCGUGGGGCGCAGCCAGCGAACGACGAACGAACAACUGAAUUGAACUCAACUACAAAAGAAACGAUAUUUAUGCUCUGCAUAUUAUUGGAGAGCUUACAAAAUUUACGUGGCAGAUGAAACACAACGAAAUUCAAUUGGUUUUGAUUUUGCAAUAAAAAGGCGACAGCAGCGACGUUAUAUAUAUAUAUAAAGUUAAAUCUUGCACGAUUCGAGAGGCGGCUUCAAGGUCAUAUCGAUUGCUGGACUGAAAGCCCUUGGAGUAGCAACAGCAACAGCAACAGCAGUAACAGUAGCAGUAGCAGUAGCAGCCACAAAAUGUUGAACCCGCACAAGUCUACGUGCUUGCACCAUAUGUUAAUAAUGUGUCUGCUAAUAUUUGCCGGGAAUGUGCUGAAUGUCGCCAGUGCAACGGACGAGCUGGACUUGCCACCCAUUCCACUGCCGUGCGAUCUCACCGCGUGUCCGGCCGAUGCGGACAUGCAAUGUCCGGAGGACAGCGCCAUCCGGGAGAUACGUGAGAUAAAUGCCGUGGAUCUGUUAAGUACGAAUGCGAUGGGCAUCGGCAGUGGCAGUGGCAGUGCCACAACCGAGAAGGUGGCCUACAACAGCAGCACAAUGACAGACGAACUGUUUGCCCAGUGCUGUCUGUCCAGGAAAUGUCUGUGCAAGACAUGCUACAUUCCCGACUGCACCAGCGACGAGGGCGAAGUUGUGGUCGAGCUGCAGCCGGAGGCGAUGGAAACGCCCGGCCAGUGCUGCGGCAAAUACGAGUGCAAACGUGAGCCCAACUGCACCGAGGAGUGGAACACCGAUUAUUAUUGGCUGCAGAGCUGCCAGCGCUGUAUGUGCACAUCGGGUCAGCGUAUUUGUCAUCAGACCUGCGAUGAGGGCACCAAUGCUAUGUGCGAAUCAAAGACGCUGAACACGUUCUUCAAGGACGGCCAGAGCUGGGAGGAUGGCUGCUAUCAGUGCGAAUGUGUCAAAGGCGAGGAGAAGUGCGUGAUACCGUUCUGUGGCCACGUCAACUGCCCCAGCGAGCGGCAGGUGCAACUCAAGAACAGCUGUUGCCCCGUCUGCUGGCCCAAGGGUGAGCCCAUGCCACACGAGAAGCCACGCAAUGAUGACGAUGGCUAUGACUAUGAGCAGGAGAUCGAAACUGAAGCUGUGCCACUGGCGACGAUAGCCGCAGAAGCCACAAGCACCACUACUACCACCAGCACUACCAGUGCCACCACGACCAGCAGCACCACCCCACAUCCAGUCGAAUUACUUAAUUAUGAGAGCAGCAGCAGCAGUGUUGUAACUGCGCGCCCAGCACCACCUUGCGAACUGCACGAUUUUCCCAAGGUUGUCGAAGUUGUGCAUCAGAACAAUUUCAGUGCUCAUCUGUAUCCCGUCAUCAUCGGUAUUCUGAUCAUUAUCAUUGGCGUCAUGGGCUGCUACAUAAGACGCUUGCAUGCCAAACAACGUUCCUACCGACCCGUCUCCAACUUUGACGAUAAAGUCUAGAUAACAGCAAACAAUUAAAUUAUAGGAAACAUGGCAAAAUGCAAAAGUUUUCAAAGAGAACAAGAGAGUAGAAAGAGAGAGAGCGAGAGCAAGAAAAAUCAAAACUUUAACUAGUAACUUUUGAAUUUUUUUAUUUUUAUGAUUUUUACAUCUUUUUUUUUUUUGGUAUUUUGUUUUGGUAUCUAAAAGAUCUCAUUUUAAUUUCACCUUCACUUCCAAGCAGACAUCCGCAGACGCAAAAGCAAAAGUAUUCUUAUGAAAUUACGAGCAAAGAAAAGUUUGUAUAACUAGCAAAAAAAAAAAAAACGAAAAACACAAAAAAUACAAUAAAACAUUAAAAAAAAAAAUUUAAAGAAGAAGAAGGCGAGCAACAUGUUGUAUAUACAUCAAAUGCAUGGAUAGUAUUAAGUACACCAAUGUUUAUUAUUAUUAUGCACGAACUAAAAUGCCAAAAUAUAUUUCAA